AUGUUACGAACUCCUCCACCAAGUCCACCACCACCUCCUGCACCUCCACCAAGUCCACCCCCAGCUCCUCCCAGUCCACCGCCAGCUCCACCUCUCAGUCCUCCACCACCUCCUGCUCCUCCAUGCAGUCGGUUGUUUCGUGGUGGUACCGUGGUAGCAGUCGAAAAGUGGGAUAGUGGCGGAAAAGGUGAUUUUUUUUGUGGGGUGAAGAGGUGGUGGUGUUCAAUUAUUCCCUUUGUGUGGCGUGGUGGCACCGAGUUGAUUUACAAGAGGGUUGAAGAAGAUGACUAUGAGAAAAUAGUUGAUUUCAAAUUCUUUCCGUCCACUGUGCAGUCAGGAAUAAGAGGCAAUUAUUUUUCUGAAGUAACUGAGAAACUUACUACAAUGUGUGUCUUGCCAAUUCUAAUAGUGGGCGUGCUAGGACACCCAAGCAAGCAUGAAGAAUUGACCCAGCACUUGAUAAACCUUUUCAUUCAAAGUUCUAGACUGCAAGGUGUCAUAUAUUGA